GAGCCUGGAUUCGAACCAGGAUCUCUAGUGGCACAGCUAGCACUGCGAUGCAGUGCCUUAGAGCCCUGCCACUCGGGAGUACAAUCACGGUUGCUGUGCUGUGUGAGGGCCUCGUUGGAGACGUCGGCCCUCAGGCACCUUGGUCAGGCUCUGUUAUCCUGCUUGAUAUUGAUGGCGGUUUCCGGCCUCCUCAGGCCAGAGUUCAAACUGGCCCACGUGACUGACCACAGCCUGUUAUACUGUGCUUGUGUCCAUGAGCUGGUGGCCUGUGGCGUCAUCAGCCCCAGAGAGUAUACCUGUAAGGACCACUCACUCUCUUUGCUGCACCGGUCAGACAGCUCCAGCUCGGUGCAAAUAAGACGCCUGACCAUCUGGUACACGUCCCCACUCAACGUGUCCCUCCUGCUGAACAACUCGGAGGUGUGGCAUCUCACGCUGAUCAAGUGCAACUCUGUAGGAAGCAAGCAAGCCUCUUUGGGCUCUUUCACAGUACAGCAUCUGCAGAGGCUGACUGUGUCGUACCCCUUAAGGCGGUCUGGCCAGACACAUGGCAUCAUACCGGGGAGGGACAUGUGUGCACCUUACUAUGAAGAGGCCAGGCUUGGGAUCAUCCACAGCUCAGUGCUGCUGGGAGAAUCGAAUGUGAAGGCCUAUACCGUUCAAACAAAUAUAGACCGCAACGGAAUCCUCUCUUCUUGUCUAAAGUGAAGCUACCAGAGACUUUUAUAUACUAAUGCAGAUUCCUUUUUUCUAUGCUAACAUUGCCAAUGUACCACUACCUAUGUCUGUGACUGCAAUCUUCAUGUUCACAAUCUUCAUGCUCAUUUCAAUAUAAUAAGGUCAGGAUUCAAUCAUGUAUUUUCACACUUCACUUUUAGGAGUGGGUUUCAUUUGCACAGCAGCAUGUUUCAGAUGGUGCCAUUACUUUUUGUUUCAAAUAUAUAUAUUUGUUGUAUUUUCUGUUUAUUUAGACAGUAAGGAAAUCAGAGGGGGAGACAGGCAAGUUGGAGAAACAGUGGGAAGGGUGGACACGGGAAUUGAACCCUGGUCUCCAAUGGGGAGUCUUAUAUGCGACCUGUGCAAACAUAGACAUCCAACAGUUCGUACUUAUUUAGUAGUACCUUUUUGAGGAAGCAUUUCAAUAACAGCAGUUAGGCUCUUUCCUUUUAAGGUCUGCUUCAAUAUUCAUCAAUACAAUACCUGUUGUUUGGCUUUGCUGAAAUAUGUACUUCCCUUCCUCUAUGGUAGAAUUUCAUUGACAUGAAAAUGUCCUUCAGUCUACCAUGCAAGGAUAACAAUUUGUUUGCUCUUUCAAAUCUGCAUUUAUUAACAUAGUAAUUACAAGAAUCCAUAUAAUUAGCUUUUAUUGUAUAGUAUGCAAAGAAAAUACAAAAAAACAAAUAUAAGGGAAAUUAUAGGGGAAACGUGAUUUUAAAACAAACUCAGCAAAAAAAUAAACGUCCCUUUUUCAGGACCCUGUCUUUCAAAGAUAAUUCGUAAAAAUCCAAAUAACU